AAACUUUCACCAGAUUUACGCCGGUGCAGCGUGUAAAAUGGCAAUUUCAUUGUUAUCUUGGCUGUUACAACUGACGAUUGCUCACAGCGCUGAGUUCCGGCAAGUGAGCGAUCGGUGGCACCUGAAGGUCUGCUCUGAAAUCGGACGGCUGUAAGUUUGUUGAGGGAGGGGACGCGCCUUUGUGCGCUUGCGUUAAGAGGAAGAAACGAGACGUGUUGCGCGUUUCUGGAGUUAGUUUCUGAGAGAUCCUUGGGCGGAGGAGACUGGCACUGGGUCACAGGGGAGAUUUGACAACAAAGAUGGACGUAUAAUGAAAGCGAUUUUUCCCUACAAGAUCUUUUUGCUAUUUUGGCACUGUUGUAACCGACUUAACGGAAUAUAAUAUCCUUUGUGUGACGUUUGUAAAACAGUAAAAUAAAAACCAACAUCUAUGAGGAGCUAAUUCCUACGUUUUUCUAUACAACAGUACACCUCGGACAAAACAGAUGAAAUGAUUGUAAGGCCUAUAGACGGACCUUUCCCAGCGCCCCAGGAAGAUCGGCUCUGGAAACGGAGGUCCUUCGUGAGAUGCCAAGAAGUUCCUGCGCCCUCGACACGUUAGCGAUGGAUUUCCACUUGCCGCCCGAUCCCCGGCUCCGUUAUGGAAUCAACGGGAGUCAGGAAAGUCCCAGAAGAAACUCGCAAAAUCGCAGGCCUUUUGAGGACGAGGCGCUGCAGUUCCUGAGCCUUGAGGAGAAGGAGUGCAUCCUGUUCUUUGAGGAGACCAUCGACUCUCUGGACGAUGACAUGGAGGAUGCGGGCCUGGGGCUCUCCUCGGGGAGCAGCACCUCGGCUGAGGGCCGCUCGGCCACGCCCAGCCCCGACCCGGUCACGGACAUGGCCCUGGGCCCCGCGAGGUCCCCCAGCCCGAAGGAGCAGGACAUCAUUGACCUGGUCCGGUCCCAGCCUGACCCACCUGAGCCCAGAGAGGGCCUGUUCAGCCAGACCAUGCCAGAUUUUCAGAGUAUGGUCGUGAACCCAGAGAGCCAUUUUGAGAUGAAGGCGAGACGGGAGCCAAUGGAGAACUUCCCUGCCGAAUAUCACCUGUCCCCUCCCUCUGCCCCCUCCGCCCCCAUGGGCGAGAGCGGCUCCGUCGGCUACUCCCUGUACCAGCCCGCCGGGUCCAUCCCCACCCCCGUCCUCAUCGCCCAAAAAAUCGCAGAGCACCAAGGGGGCUUUUUAUCUGGCCGGAGGAGGAGCCUGGACUCUCAGACUUCUCCUCCUCCUACUCCCGAGCAGCCAGUCAAACAGGGCCCUCCCACCAUGGCCAAGCCCACCCGUUUCCCCGACAACAUCAGCCUCAUGAUGAGCAGCAGGGACUACAACCAGACCAUCGCCAAGGCCGCUGUCAACGUUCAGGAGCGCAAGGCACGGAUGCUGGCCAACCUGACAGGCCAGGCUGUGUCAAUCGAGUCAGAGGAGGCGGCCACAGCGUCAUCGCCGACGCGAAACAUUCCCACUCGGAGUGUCUCCUUCCGGGACCCGGCGCCAGACAAGUCCAGGAUGGAGGCUCUUUCCAAACUGGGCCUGACUCAGAGCCAGGGUGUCCCUGGUGCCAAUGGCGGCUGGUCUAGAGUCAUCAGGCCAACUCAAGCAUCCACAACCAAGCCUGAGACAUUCUCAACCGGCAUUAGCAGCUAUGACAUCAAACCACACACCACACAGUCAUCCGCAACCACAACCCAGACAGAAGUCCCUACAAUUGACUUCAACAGCUACGGAGGAAAAAGCAAAGUGGUGAAUCCAGCAUCUUUGUCAGCAGCAAAGACAGAUACAGCUUCUCAUCACCAUGACACCAAGUCCAACGUAGUGUCUCAACCAUCAUACACUGAAACCACUUCAAGUGACUUCAACAGCUACGGAGGGAAAACCAAGGUCAUGACUCCCUUGUCCUCACCAGGCACAAGGAGGAACGCUGCAUCGCACCACAACAGUAACUAUGACAGCAGGCCCAGUGGAAUAGUGAAGACUGAAGCCUCUUCAAGUGACUUCAACACCUAUGGCGGCAAAACCAAAGUCAUGACUCCUGCACCAGUGUCGACCGCCAAGACUGAGAGCUCCUCAGACAGCUUUAUCUCCCAUGACACCAAGCCCAAGCUAAUGGCUUUCUCACCCCCAGCAAGCGCUAAGACUGAGGGCUUCUCAAACGACUUCAACACCUAUGGUGGCAAAUCCAAAGUUAUAACUCCCUUAGUGAUGUCACACAGCAAGCCUGAGGCUGCUGCUAGUGACUCCAACAUCCCCGUUGUGACCCCCAGACCAGCGGCUGCUCUGCCCACUGUCACCCCUAAACCGGCGUCUUCCAGGGUGGAGCCCCGCCACGCCGAGGCCCCCAGACUGCCCCGCCGGGAAAGCGCCCCAGCCUCCCACGGGGCCACCGCAGCGCCUCCCUUGCCGGACGUGCGGCGGAGGUCAGGCUCCAAACCGUCACUCUUCCACCAGGGGAUUACAGUGCAGUUUUCUGGUCGGGGGGCCACUGACGAGUCCCGCAGGGAAGCCCUGCGGAAACUGGGCCUGCUCAAGGACACACCCUGAAGUCCGCCUCCACACCUUCUGUCUGCUCCAUUGGCCAAAACACACACUAAACUCUGCCUCCUCACCCUCCUUAUCAUCCAUUGGCUUAAAUGUGCCUGGACUCCACCUAAUCUUUCUUUAGUCUUAUAUACAUGGUUAUGAUAGGCUGUGGCCAGGAGGACAGAGCAGUCAGAACAUGGAGAAGCAGAGGGUUCAGCCAGGGGGAGGAGUAACUGAUUUAGUGAAUGCCACUCACGGGGACAGCAAUGGAGAGGGAGGAGAUGGACCGCAUUCUUGUUAAAGUCUCUGCGCGCGUCUGGAAACCCCCAAAGCCAGCAAGACGAUCCAGUGGG